UUUUAUUUAUUUAUUUAUUUUAAAAAAGAAAAAUAUUGCUUCUGUUAAAAUGGAAACAGUUUGUAUGAGACAUAAACAUUUACACGGUUUAGGACUGUUGCGUAAUUUAGCAGGUUUUGUAGGUAAAAUAUAUUUUCAGUCAAAAAAAAAACUAGAUUAAAAAAAGAUGUUAAUUAAUAUACACAAUAUUUUUUAUACAUUUAAUUUGGGGUUUUGUGUAGAAAGUUUGCAAAGAUAUACCAGAGACAGUGAUUUGUGAUUUUGAGAUGAUUUUACAAUUAAUAUUUCAAUAAAAACAAAAACUGUACAUGAAAGUGUUAAAUAAAAUAAAAUAAAAUAAAUGAUUAUAUAAAAAAGGCGCUAGUGUUUAUAUUAAAGCCAGCUCUCGGGCGCCCCCUGUGCUUAAUCCUGCAUGCCGGCUGCUUCCGGUAUCAUGGCGACCUGCGUCUUUUACUUCACUUUCCUAUGAUAAAAAUAGGAGAGCGAGUCGGUGCAGACGGCCGGAGCUGUGUGUGUGUGACUAUGCCGUUAUUUCUGCUCUUCACUCUCUGCACUUGCUCUGGUGCUAUUGGUGAUCCUCAGCCACUGCUAAACUACAGCUCUCUGACCCUGCCGGACCUCCACGUGCCCUACUUCCUGCACAGCAACACACACGUGGCCAAAGUUUGCGGAGACGAUCCGCUCUGCCCGUUUAAAGAUGUUCUGUCACAAACACGGUCGUGUUGGGGUUACGAGAAGGGCUGCCUUCCCGAGCACAGGUUCAGCUUCCCGAUUUGCCCCAGCGUGGACUCGGCAUGGGCACGCUCAGUGCAGGCAGCUCAGGAAAUCUUCUGGAAGCAGGCCGACUUCGGCUACGUUAAAGAACGUCUGAGCGAGAUGAAGACUCUCUGCCAGCCUUUAACUCCCGGGGAAUCCUCUCUGAAGUGCACGAGCCACCUGCGCUACUGCAGAGCCACCAACCUCUAUCUGGACCUCCGGAAGCCCCGCAGGGGUCAUGAGAGGUAUAAUGAGGAUUUCUUGCAGAAAGGUGAGGUUGGGGGUCGCUGCAGACUGAACAGCGGGGCGUUGGGGGCAGAAGGGCAGCACAAGAGCCCCCUGCAGUCCUGGUUCGCCGAGCUGCAGACGUACACGGAGCUCGACUUCCACCCCGUUGACGACGGGCGCUGUGACAUCAUCGUCGAGAGACCCACGGUCUUCAUGAAGCUGGAUGCAGGUGUGAACAUGUACCAUCACUUCUGCGAUUUUGUCAACCUGUACAUCUCUCAGCACCUCAACAACUCAUUCAGCAGAGACAUCAACAUCGUCAUGUGGGACACGAGUUUUUAUGGUUAUGGAGACCUGUUCAGCGAAACGUGGCGGGCUUUCUCUGAUUACGACAUCAUACACCUCAAAACCUACGACACGAAAAGGGUGUGUUUUAGGGAUGCAUUUUUCUCGCUGUUACCACGGAUGAGAUACGGCCUCUUCUACAACACACCCCUGAUCUCAAACUGCCACAGUGAGGGAAUGUUUAGAGCAUUUUCUCAGCAUGUCCUUCAUCGACUCAACAUCUCACAGGAGGGACCCAAGGAGGACCGAAUUCGGGUCACACUUCUGGCUCGGAGCACAGAGUAUCGCAGGAUAUUAAACCAGCAGGAGCUCAUAAAUGCCCUGAAGACUGUGGCUUUAUUUGAGGUCAAGCUGGUGGAUUACAAGUACAAAGAUAUGCCGUUCCUGGAGCAGAUCAGAGUGACUCAUAACUCGGACAUCUUUAUCGGGAUGCAUGGAGCUGGCCUCACACACCUUCUCUUCCUCCCGGACUGGGCCGUCAUAUUCGAGCUCUAUAACUGUCAGGAUGAAAGCUGCUACCGCGAUCUGGCUCGACUCCGGGGCGUUCACUACCUGACCUGGCAGAAAGCAGACAAAGUGCUUCCUCAGGAUAAGGGACACCACCCUACACUCGGAGAUCACCCAAAAUUCACCAACUACACCUUCGACCCCAAGGAGUUCAUGCGCUUGGUCAUGCUGGCUGCAGAUCAUGUGAGGAGACACCGGGCAUGGCGUUCCACACAGGGACGAGAUGAGCUGUAGAACACACACACACACACACACGACUCAAACGCUUAGUGCUGAUCCCGGAUCAGAACUUGAAUAAAACUCGUAUUUAUUUUGCAUUUCAGAGCGAUAUGAUGGAUUUGGGAGGUGUGCGAUUAAAGACAGGGGUUGGAAAGGAUCUGAACACACACCGUUCGUUCACCGAAAAAGGACGAGGUGUUCUAGAAAGUUCUCUGGCCGUCUUCUCGACAGCACUGACGUAACCAUCCGAAUGACCGCAAAUGAAAUCUCUUAGAUUUAUAUCAAGUGAUGUCGAGAAGGCAAAAACGAUCACGUGGAAAUACCACAAACAUCAACUCGAAUUGAACUUUCCGAUUGAGAAGUACGAGGUCAUUUAGAGACAUUUUUUCCUGGGUAGUACUCUAUUUCUAGAUAUUUCUUCACAUUCCGUCUCCUUUCAAGUCUGGAAGGUGUUUUUAAAUCGCUUCAGUUGCUCAGCUAGUAAUUGUGUCGAUUUGUCGGCCGACAGAAGACGACGGUUUAAAGGUUGAAAGAGACAAAAGGUCUAAAAAUAGAUCCCAAAAUUGUGUUAUCAUCUCUUAAUGAGAAAUAUUAUGUAAAUUCGCCUAUGUACGAGAUAUUUUUAUAUAUACAAGAAAUGCUCAGUGGACAAUAUUGUAAAAAUCAUCAACGUUAUAUUAGAAUAUUUUAGACGUGUUGUGCGGUGUGUUUUUGCUAACUCUAACACACACACGGUAUUAAAUUCUGUUUUGUUUUUUUGUGUGUGUGGGAAAGCUGCACUGAGGACCCAAGCUCUCCUGUAUUAAUGCAACAGCUUCACAUUUUGUCUUCGCGACCGCAGAGAUGUGUGUGCAGUGGACGAGUAUUUCAGCGUUUUGUGUUUUGUGCUGUUGAGAUACAACUCUGUCUUUAUGUUAGACAGAUGUGUGCAGCUUUAAAUCUCCUCAGACCGAGGAAUAGUUUAACCGCAUAGUAUUAAAAUAUAUAUAUAUAUAUAUUGCAGCAUGUGCUUACUGUUUUAGCCGCGAGUGCAAUUUAGGAACGGACGAAGAAGCGUGUGUAUUUAUUGCGUCGUUAUUGUGCUGUUGGGUUUUGCACGCGCGCUGGGUGAUUUUGUCCGUGCCGUGUCGCGCAGAAGCGCGAUUUGUUUGCAUUGGAAUGGAUUUAUUGCCAUUUAUAUAGACUCGCAGUAUUUAUUUUACAGUAGCGCUAGUUUUCAGGUAGGUUUAGUGCUUCACUCUGACUGCGAAAUUCACCGGCGUUCUGCAAAAAUACGAUUUAUUGAAAGGAUUCUACAAACAAUUGGUCUUUUUAGACCUUUCGUCUUAUUUUAGCCUUGAAAUGAUCUUGGCACGUAAUUCGCUUCUCGCUAGAAAUAAGCGAAAUUAUCCGCCAAUGCUAAAAAAACAAACAAAACAAAAACAACGACAAUUUCAAGCUGGAAAUGAGACACAAUGCAGAAUAAUAUGUUUAUUAAUCUUAUAUUUGUUUUAUUACAAUCUCACUCUGUUCUCAAACGCUCCAGCGUCCCCGUCCCCCCAACAUGCAUUAACAAAUUCUACAAACAAC